UCCUGCUGCUGUGUGCGCUAGCUGCGGUGUUCGUGGGCUAGCCGUGAGCCCGUGACGAGGGCGCGAAUGGCCGGCGCCUCCUCCACCUCCGCGUCGGCGCGGGCCACGGCGCCGCCGCCGGCUCGCCCAUUGCCUCCGCUCGGCGCGUCAGGGAGCCAGCAGGAGCCGGCAGCCACGGGGGCCCACCCUGCCGCCGGCGCCGGCGCCUCAUCCCGGCCGAUGCGGCGCAAGGGAAGGAAGCAGAAGCAGCUGUGGCCGAAGACGGUGCUCCGGAAAUGGCUCAACAUCAGGUCGCCGGAGUCCGAUUUCAGCGCCGAUGAGGGCGACGCCACCGGCGACGACACCGAUAGCGAGUUCGAGUACGAAGAAAUGUGUGGUUGGGAGCGCCAGCUAUACGAUGAGGAAAGGAGACUUCGCGGUUUGGGCGCUGAGACAAUUGAUAGCCAAAUGGAGAGUGUUCCAUGCAGGCUUAAUAGAAGACGCAAAUCAGAGACCCUUCGUGCUCAGUAUAUUGACAUUAAGGAACUCAGGGUUUGCGUAGGAACAUGGAAUGUUGCAGGAAGACUUCCACCUGAUGACUUGGAUAUUCAAAAAUGGUUGGAUAUGGAGGAGCCAGCUGAUAUAUAUGUUCUUGGAUUUCAAGAAAUUGUUCCAUUAAAUGCUGGGAAUAUAUUUGGUGCUGAAGACAAUCGUCCUGUCACAAUGUGGGAACAUAUCGUUCGUGAAACAUUGAAUAAGAUCAGUCCUGAUAAACCAAAAUAUAAAUGUCAUAGUGAUCCUCCUUCUCCAUCAAGGUUCAAGCCUUCUGAUGACGUGGAAGAUGAGCUUGUUAGUGAGUCUGACAGUGAAGUUGGUGGGGAAGUGCACCCAUGGAACGAACCAGUUUUUUUCGUUGAUGAUGAUAGUAUUGACAGUAGCAAAUAUGAGCACUCUUCUGCUCCUACUGAAACUACUAUAAAUGGAGACAAGUUCAGCAGGGCGCCCUCCAUGAAGAUUUUUGAUAGAUCGCAGAACUUAAGUUUUAAAGACUAUAUAUCUAGUCUGGAAGAGCCAGUCCACCAAAAGAUGUUAACUAAAACACUCAGCCACUCAGAAAGGCUUGGAAUGAUUUGGCCUGAACAACCACUGGAUAUAUUGGCUCAGCAUCUUCCAGAUAGCACAAAACCAUUUAUUCCAGAGAAGGCUCUAAGGGCAUGUAUGUCUUUCAAAUCAGUAAAUGAUUCCAGUGUGUUUCCUGAGGAUAGUUUAGUUCGUGAUUUAAACAUCAAGAGUGCACUAGUAAAAAGGAAAAGACCAUACUUCGUAAGAAUAAUUAGCAAGCAAAUGGUUGGAGUUUUUAUUUCAAUAUGGGUUCGAAGAAGCCUGCGGAAACAUAUUCAAAAUUUGAAAGUAUCAACUGUAGGCGUCGGUGCUAUGGGCUAUAUUGGUAAUAAGGGAUCAAUAGCCGUAAGCAUGUCCAUUUAUCAAACACUCUUUUGCUUUAUAUGUUGCCAUCUGACAUCUGGAGAAAAGGAUGGAGAUGAACUAAAAAGGAAUGCUGAUGUGCAAGAAAUCCAUCGAAGGACAAUAUUUAAUCCAGUUUCCAGAGUUAGCGUGCCUAAGACUAUAUAUGACCAUGAAAGGAUCAUAUGGUUAGGGGAUCUCAAUUAUAGGAUCAACCUAUCAUAUGAAAAAACGCAUGAAUUCAUAACCAUGAAGGACUGGAACGGUUUAUUUCAGAAUGAUCAGCUGAAAAGGGAACUGAAGAAAGGGCAUUUAUUUGAUGGUUGGACUGAAGGAGUUAUCACCUUUCCCCCAACAUAUAAGUACAAGGUUAACUCAGAGAAAUACACGAGUGAUGAGCCAAAAUCUGGAAGGAGAACACCUGCCUGGUGUGAUCGAAUUAUCUCCUUUGGUAAGGGAAUGAGGCUGUUGGCCUACAGGACAGUAGAUAUCAGGCUGUCCGAUCACCGCCCUGUGACAGCUGUGUACACCACCGAUGUUGAGGUUUUCUGUCCCAAAAAGUUGCAGAGAGCUCUUACCUUCACCGACGCAGAGGUUGAGGACCAAUUCUCGUUUGAGGAAGAAGGCACUUCUGGAAUCUUUAGCUUUUGACUAGGACUAGCACCACGUACAUUGGGGAACUAAUCUAAUGACAUGUGAUGCUUUUUCUGAAGUCUAUUGCCGCUUAAUCCUUUGCAGUCAUGGCCUCUGCGCAAUUUUCAGUAUCCCUCUGCUCCCAAUUAGCACCGUGUACAUUCCCUUCCACACUCUGACCGUGUUUUGAGACCAGGGUGUGGCAUGUUCUCCAUUUUGGUUGGCUCUUGUGUGCCUCGUCUGACUCAGGGAGUUGUACGUAAUAAUGUCCACAGUGGCUUGUCCUCCAUUUAGCUUUGUUCUUGUGUGCCUCUUCUUGCUCUGAGGAGUUGUACGUAAUAAUAUCUUCUAACAAUCUGAUUGUAAUUAACAUUUGAACACGGCAGAUUACUAAUCAGAUUGAUUGUGGCAUCAUUCCGUUC